AUGAAGCGCCAGCAGGCAACCAUCUCUCGCUUCUUCGCGCGCAAGCCAUCCCCAGGGCAACCACCCCCGCUCCCUCCCUCCCCCUCCCCCGCGCAGCCGUCAGGCGCCGUCCGCGUCACCACUCCACCCUCCCUCCUCCGUCCACCACGCGCCGCCCCCACCGCCGCCGCCAGCGCUGGCUGUCGCGAUGAUAGUCGUGGUAGUGGCGGCGGUGGCAGCGAAUCCGUGAAAGGGAUUGGAUCGGCGAAUGGGGAAGUUGCGAGGCUGCCUGGGGAGCGGCAGGGGUGGCGGAGAACAGGAACCAGGGGAGAGCGCGGAAGUGGGGACGGAAAGGAGGGGGUGGCGGAGGGGAAGGCGGAGGGGACGGGGGAUGAGGUAGAAGCGGAGGGGGAGGGCGGAGGAGUGGUGUUCAAGCGGAAGCGGGCGGGGAAGAGGAGGGCAGUGCGGAGAGUACUGACGGAUGGAGCUGCGGAUGGGGGGGCAGAUGGGGGGGAUGGAGGAGAAGAAGAAGAGGUCGGGGGACGAUUUGGGGAGGACGAGUUGGGGGAACGUGAGAGGCCGUGGAAGAGGGAAAAGGGGGCAGAGGGAGGGGCAGGGGAUGAUGGCACAAAGCUCACCCCAUUAGAAGAGCAGGUCGUGGCGCUCAAACGCCGCCACCCGGACGUCCUCCUAUUGGUGGAGGUCGGCUACAAGUACCGUUUUUUCGGGGCCGAUGCUGACGUGGCGGCGCGGGUCCUCUGCAUCUACUGCCACGUGGACAGGGCGUUUCUGACGGCGUCCAUCCCCACGUUCCGCCUGCACGUGCACGUGAGGCGGCUGGUGGAGGCGGGCUUUAAGGUGGGCGUGGUGCGGCAAAGCGAGACAGCAGCGAUUAAAGCCCAUGGGAGCAACAAGGCCGGCCCGUUCGGGCGGCAUUUGUCGGCUUUAUACACGCGAGCAACCACUGCUGCUGCUGCUUUCUCUCCUGGCCCAUCCCCACCAACCACGGAUCUGGACUCGUCUCAUGGCUGGGAAACAGACUCAGCAGCAGGCAUGCAAGCAGGCUCGGAGGGCGACGUGCGGAUAGGGCUGGUGGCAGUGGAGACGUCAACUGGCGAUGUGGCACAGGGGUUCUUCACUGAUGGCGUGCUACGAGGAGAACUGGAGACGCACCUCGCUCACUUCAGCCCCACUGAGAUUGUGCUUACUGGACCCAUUACACCAGCCACUCACAAGCUCCUGUCAUACCUCUCGUUUCGGGACCCCGCCCCAAGAAUCACCACGGCAGCAGCACCCGAUGGGAUCGCUGGUGCUGCCGUGGGUGGGGGAGGUUCUGGGGGGGCUGGCAAGGCUGGUGGCAGCGGCAGCAUGUGUGGGGUGCGUGCAGCUCUUGCUGAGUUUUUUGCUGCAAGGCCAAACGGGGCUGCUUGUACUGAGGUCGCAGGCAAGGGGCAUGCGGAAGGGAAUGGAGGGAGAAUGAAGGAGAGGGAGGAGCAGCAGGAGCCCGAGCGUCAGCAGGAUGAGCAGAAGGAGGUAGACCCAGCAGUAGAGGCAGUGCUCUCCAUGCCACCGGUGCUGCUCAGGGCGCUCGCUGCUGCUGUGGACUAUCUGAAGGAGUUCAACCUGCACCACGUGCUCGCUCUGGGCGGCGGCUUUCGUCCUCUCUGCACCGGCCACCAGAUGACUCUUUCCUCAAAUGCUCUCGAGCAGCUCGAGUUCGUCCGAGUGCUCUCAGCCCUGGUGUCUGCAGCACAGCAGCUGCGCUCCCUCCUUCCCGACCCCUCUCAUGCCACCACCACCACCACCGCCACCUCUGCUGCUGAUACUGACACUGACCCUGACAGCAGCAACGAUACUCCUAAGGUGAAGUCGGCGCUGCUGCAGAGGCUGCUGCGCGCAGCAGCAUCGCCAGCCGUGGUGCGCCACGCCCGGCGCAUGCUGAGUGCCGUGGACGCUGAUGCUGCAGCCCGUGGCGACAAGGUGAACCUCGUUGUGUGCGCGGCCCCAUCCCACCAUAGUCAGCAACAGCAAGAGCGUAAGCAAUAUGACAGCAAUCACCACAUUCGAGGCGUCCUGGAUGACGAAGGAGAAGAAGCAGCGGAACCUUCUCUGCAGUUUCCAGAGCUGUGGGCCUGCAGGGAAGCAGUGCGGGAGGCAGAGGGGCAACUCAACUCACUCCUUCCGGCUAUCCGGUCCCAACUGCGUCUCCCCUCCCUCUCCUUCUUCUCCGUUUCCGGUGUCACUCAUCUCAUCGAGGUCCCCUCGGCCCUCCGAGUCCCCUCUGAUUGGCUCAAGCACAGCGCCGUCAAGGCUGGCAAGGCCGGAGGCGUUACGCGUUACCACCCAACAGCUGUCCUCGCGGGAUUGGACAGGCUGGCGCUGGCAAAGGAAGCUGCAGCUGCGGCAGCAGGAAGGGCGUGGCAGGAGUUGUUAGAAGGGUUUAGGGGAGCGGGAGGGGGGCAUGUGGAGCUAAGGCAAGCUGUUAAGGCACUAGCUGAGCUGGACUGUUUGUGUGCGCUUGCUGCAGUUUCAGCUUCUAAGGGGUAUGUUCGGCCAGAGUUUUUCAAGGAAGAUGGGCCGCAGAAUGUGCUUAUAAAGAAUGGGAGGCACCCUGUGCUGGACGUGACUAUGGGGAGCGAGUUUGUGCCGAAUGACACUAUGCUGAUGGGUGAAGGGGAAAGGUGCCACGUCAUCACUGGUCCCAACAUGGGUGGAAAGAGCUGUUACAUCCGCCAGGUGGCGCUGAUAUGCAUCAUGGCUCAGAUUGGGUGUUACGUGCCUGCUGAUUCAGCGCGCCUCCAUGUAUUGGACGCGGUUCUGACGCGCAUGGGAGCGGCUAAUGACAGCCUGGCUCGCCGCACGUCCACGUUUCUGGAGGAGCUAGCGGAAGCUUCUGGGAUCCUGCGUCGGGCAACGGGUCGGUCGCUGGUGAUAGUGGAUGAGCUGGGUCGAGGGACCAGCACCCAUGAUGGUGUCGCCAUCGCGUAUGCCACCCUGCAUGUAAGCAAUCGAUUCAAUUCAGAAAUCCCUGACGUUUUACCUCCCCUCCUCCCUUCCUCCGUGGCUCCCUCCCCUCCAUUCCCCCUGCCUCAUGCACAGUACCUUCUAUCCACAGUGCGCUGUCUGACACUCUUUGUCACGCACUACCCCGAAAUCGCUCAGCUGGAAAAGGAGCUCCCUGGAGCGAUGGGAAGCUUCCACAUGUCCUUCCUCGCCUCCACUCCACCAGUUCCCCCUCCAUCAGCAGCUCCACCAAUUUCUGCAUGCGGACAAAAACAAUUGUCAGAUCCUGUGACAUCUGGCUCAGAUGAGCAAGGAGAGGCGAAGCCAGACCAGCAGGUCACCUUCUUAUACAAGCUCGUCCGUGGGGUUGCCAGUCGCAGUUUUGGCCUGAAUGUAGCCCGCCUUGCUCAGGUGCCUGAGAGCGUUGUGCAGCAAGCAGCUGCCAAGGCUGCAAAGCUAGAGCAUGAUGUGCUGGAGCGCAGAAAGAGCAGGAGAAGUGAGGCUGCUUCCUUCAGGAGAGGUCAUGGAGACCAUUCUUCCCAAUUAGUUCCUCCUCCAAAUGAGGGAAUCACCAACGAGCCAAAGCUUCAUGAAGCAGGCUGUCCAGAAACUGGAGCUGAUCACCAUGAAAUCAGCCUCCAAGGGGAAGAGGAGUUACUGAACACUGUCAAGCAGUGUCUAUCGCUUGUUCAAGGCGUUCAGGCAAGGGACACUGCACAAGAUGAACCCAGCAUGCGGUUGCUCUCUGAUCAGAUUCGUCAACUCCAGGAGUCUAUUCGAAGGAUAGAGCAUUUUCGUAAUGACAUGCAUUAG